AUGUUGCCCCAAAACGAUGCAUGCCUCCUCCUGAAAUCCCGUGCUUGGCAUCAUUGGUUAUCUGGGCUUUUUAUGGACUGUACAUGUACAUCCAUUAGGCAGCAGGAGGCGGUCCCUUCUUACAUCCUACGAGUUACAAUGAAUGAGACGAAAUUCCCUCAAGACUAUCAUGCGUUAGAAUUUUUCGAGGCGGAGUGGCACAUUAACCGACUGCUUAACGAAGAAGCAGGAGAUUGCUAUUCCACCGUCACCUUGAUAAACGAACUCAAUAAUAGUCCAAUCCUCGGAGAAUUUGACACUAAUAAGGAUUUUAUUCUAACUGGACUGGCCUACCCAAGCGUUUGCAGCUCGCUUCUGAAAUUCAGGAAAUUCGUUGAUCAGAAAGUUUCCAUCAAGAGAUGUUCCAGAAUACGAAAUGGCGCAGAGCGAGGACAUUUAUGGAAGCGAAUAAGACAAUACAAACUAACUUUACACCAGAAAUUCUCCUCCGAAAGUAACCCAUUAGACUAUUCACUCAUGUUCGUCGAUGAGUUAAACCACGAGGAGUGCGAUUAUAACGGCUAUUGGGCUACCAAGCAGGAAUAG